GAAAACAAAGCUAAAAAAUAAUGGAAAAAGAAAAUUCAAAUUACAGUUUAGCAGAUGAAGCCUCCCACCGGACACCACCAGUCUACUCCACGUGGUUGGAAAUUGGAAACACAUUUGUUUUUUUUUUUCCUCUCUAUCUCUCUCGCUAAAGCCUCUCACUUUCAGUGUCAUCUUCUUUCUAUAUAUAGCUCAUUCAAGACUGGGUAAGCAACGGUAGUUUUUGUGUUGAAAGCCUCAAACUCGCUAAACAGAACAUAAACUCAAGGGGACAAAAAGGUGAAAAUCACUCUGCAACUUCAAACCCGGAUUUUCAUUUCCCAUAGUACAUUCUAUCUCCUUUAUUGGGUGGAAUCUUAAAAAGUCAAGGUAUCCGGAUCAUAUAGGUCACUACAAACCAUUUCUUGAAUGGGAAUUUCUUAUUCCUGCUUGUUUGCUGAAUACAGUGAUUUGGAGAAAGCCUUGGAAUUUGUUACUACGAAAUCUGUUUUCUUAGGAGAUGAUGAAGAGAAAAUAUCUCCGCUAUCAGUUAAUUUUGGUAAAGAAGAUUUGGAGCCCAAGAUAUUGAGAUCUUUGGGUUCUGGGAAAAUCAUAGUGGAAAGAUCUGUUAGCUUUAAUGGGGGACAAUUGGAAAAUAGGAUGUCUGGUAAAGAUCCUUCAUUGGACAAAGAAAAGGUCGCUGCAGUUACAUUAGUUAGUACAAAUAGCAAAGCUGAGGAUGAUAAAUCCCAAAACUCGUAUAGUGACGUAGAAACAGUCCAAAAAGCACCAAUUCUUUAUCCCACCAAUUCCAAACACCAAGCAGCUGUAAAAUUGCAGAAGGUGUAUAAAAGCUUCAGAACCAGGAGAAAGCUUGCAGAUUGUGCAGUUCUUGUUGAGCAGAGCUGGUGGAAACUUUUGGAUUUUGCUGAGCUCAAGCACAGUUCAAUAUCAUUCUUUGAUAUUGAGAAACAUGAAACUGCCAUUUCGCGUUGGUCAAGAGCAAGAACAAGAGCUGCCAAGGUCGGGAAAGGUUUAUCAAAAAAUGACAAAGCUCAAAAGCUUGCUUUACAACACUGGCUUGAAGCGAUUGAUCCACGACAUCGAUAUGGACAUAACCUACACUUCUAUUAUGUAAAAUGGCUUCAUUCUAAGAGUAGAGAACCUUUCUUUUACUGGUUAGAUAUAGGAGAAGGCAAGGAAGUAAAUAUUAUUGACAAAUGUCCUCGAUCAAAACUUCAACAACAGUGCAUCAAGUAUCUUGGGCCGAUGGAAAGGAAGGCCUAUGAAGUUGUUGUGGAGGAUGGGAAGUUCAUUUACAAGCAGACAGGGGAUCUCCUUCAGACCACCACAGAUGCCAAGUGGAUUUUUGUCCUUAGUACAUCUAAGAGCUUGUAUGUUGGUAAGAAAAAGAAAGGUAGAUUCCAGCAUUCUAGCUUCUUGGCUGGAGGAGUCGCAACUGCUGCUGGUAGAUUAAUAAUCGAAAGUGGAAUUCUUAAGGCAGUUUGGCCUCACAGUGGACAUUAUCGUCCUACUGAAGAAAAUUUUCAGGACUUCCUUUCAUUCCUCCAAGAAAACAAUGUGGAUCUCACUGAUGUAAAGACAAAUCCAGUGGAUGAGGAAGCAGGCUUGCUUGAUAAGCUAAGAAGCUUUAGACAUAUUAGAAACCACUCAUCUGAAGAGGAACUGAUCGAAACUGUGAAUAACUUUGAGAUUGAAGACACCAAUGCUGAAAAGUUGACACCAGAGAGAACUGAUUUGAUGGAAGAUGAGGCUUCUGUGGUAUUGGAAGAACAGAAGCCAGGACGGCUACUCAACUUCAGUAGGAAGUUAACCAGUCUUGAAAUUCCAAAGAGGGAUGAAUUGUUUGACAGUUUAGAGACUGAAAAGCCAACUGCUGGACCAAGUGCCAACAAUGUGUCUAUAGACCCUCUGGUAAAAGAUGGUAAUGAAUCUGCAGAUGAAAGAGUAUUUACAGAAAAGGGUGACAAGGUUCCAAAGAAAAAGUUUGAUGAAGAUGAGGAAAAUGAUGUGGAAGAGAUUCCAAGAGAAGCAAUCGUCCAGAGGAUUAAUUCAAAGAAGGGAACAAAGUCAUUUCAGUUGGGCAGACAGUUAUCCUGCAAAUGGACAACAGGAGCAGGGCCGCGAAUAGGCUGUGUUAGGGACUAUCCCUCAGGGCUCCAGUUCCGAGCUUUGGAGCAAGUAAACUUGUCUCCAAGGAGAAUUUUCCAGUCAAACAGUAUCAGUGCUUUCAGCCAAAAGGUCUGCACGCCAACUGGAUUUUGUGGAGAAGCAGCAGCAACCAUUGAUCUAGGAAUGCUUGAGAAGGGAAAUCUGAUGCAUAGAAGCCUUCCCCUCUCUAGAACACAGUCCUUAUGCGGGUAGGACAUCAGUGCCUGCAGCCAUUAAUGAGAAUUAGUUUCUAAUUGAUUUAUUCUUUUUUUGGUGAAUAUAGAAGAUAAUACAGGAUUCAUUCUCAUUCUUUCCUUUUUUUUUCUUUUUUCCCUACCUUGUUAAAGUAAUUUUAUACAUUUUUCUUCUUCUCAUUGUACAUCGUGAGAUGAAACUUGUAAAAUCUUUUGGGGUCUGGAAACCCCUUAAUACAAAAGAAGAUGUUCUUUCA